GGUAGCAAGGGUUGUUGAUGCAGGGCCGGCCCUGGCCCAAGGCCACCAACGCAGUAGCCUUGGGCCUCAAAUUUUAGAGGAUGGAAAAAAUUGGUUGCCUUGGGCCUCAAAUUUUAGAGGCCCAAAGUUUGAGGCCUAUAGGGGAUGGAAAAAAAAAUAAAGUUAGGGCAAGUUUCAAACGACACAAUGUCACCAUCGGCUUCGACACUCCCGCAGGGCGCAGCCUCCGCUAUCACCUCAGGUGACAAGGACAUUCUUCUUAGGAUCUCGUGAGGUUAUUUGCCUUGAACUUGAAUCAAAUCAUUGCAUAUCGAGAUUUAAGGGAUGUCAGCCCCCAGUGCUGCGAAAACCCACCAACACUCAGCUCAAGCUGUGGAGUGGGGCAUGUGGAAGAAAUUGCAGGCCUCAAGUCCUACGUUUCUGGACCCUCUGAUUCCAAGCUUGCAGUUGUUCUCAUCUCAGAUGUUUUUGCUUGCUGAGAAAGUUGCAUCUGCUGGAUUCUAUGUGGUUGUUCCUGACUUCUUAUAUGGAGACCCCUAUGUACCUGAAAAUGCUGAAAAGCCAAUAUCAGUAUGGUUAAAAGAGCAUGGAACGGAUAAAGCAUUUGAAGAUGCAAAAGCAGUUAUUGAAGCUCUAAAAAGUAAAGGUGUAUCCAGUAUUGGAGCUGCAGGCUUUUGUUGGGGUGCUAAGGUCGUUGUGGAAUUAGCAAAGCAUGCUUAUAUCCAAGCUGCAGUGAUGCUACAUCCGUCAUUUGUCACUUUGGAUGAUAUCCAGGGGGUUAAGGUUCCAAUUUCAGUACUCGGAGCUGAGAUUGACCAAAUAUCUCCACCAGAACUUGUGAAACAGUUUGAGGGGAUCUUAAAUGCUAAGCCCGAGGUUGAUGGCUUUGUAAAGAUAUUCCCGGGGGUUGCGCACGGUUGGACCAUGAGGUACAAGGAUGAAGAUGAAGAGGAGCUGAAGCAUGCAGAAGAAGCCCACCAGGAUAUGUUGGAUUGGUUUGGUAUCUUUAGGAAGACUAUAAUAUGUAACAAUCUGAUGUGUUGUUAUAGCACGUCUCAUGUCAUUGUAAGAGAUGGCUGUGUUGGCUUGAAUAUGAAAGUUUUUCUGAAUACUAGAAUUAUUUGAGACUAUUAUAUGCAACAAUUACACUAUUGUCUGUAACAAUUUAAUGCGUAAUACCUUGUUUUAUGUCAUUGUAAGAGACAGGAAUGAAUGAAUAAUCCUUAAGUACUGCAA